AUGACCGACGCCAUCCCGCAGGGUAGUGCCGCGAUGGCUGUUCCCGACGGCGUUGUCACUAUUACCACUGAAGCAUCUCCAGCGCCACAGCGGUCGCAGCAAGCCGAAGCCGCCGCGUAUCUCGACCAGCCUCAGUUCCAGCGCCGUCUGACGCUGCCCGCGACUGAGAACCAUGGCCCUCUCACGGUUACCUACGCCGUGACUGGGGUGCAGAGCGACUCUGCGCCUGUAGUGCUCUUCAUCGCGGGCCUGAUGGGCAAUCGGUACCUCGCCACGCUCGGCGACUUUCUGUGCCAGAAGCUAGGCCUUCGCUUCGUCGUAGUGGACAGGCCGGGCAUGGGCGGCUCAACGAAGGUUGACGUGUCGCAGCGUCUCGCUGUCUGGCUCGAGACUGUGCCAGUGCUUCUGAAGGAGUUGAAAGUCGAGCAUGUCUCCAUCAUGUCACAUAGCUGCGGCGUCAUCUACACGUUCAACACUAUCUACACAUAUCCCGAGAUCCUACUGCCCUCCAAUCCAUCUCUUCACCUCCUCACGCCUUGGGUCCACCCUAAGCAUUCCGGAGUCACGAUGUUGAAAGCCUCGUCGUUGCUUCCAGCGCCCAUCAUCAAUCAGUUCAACUCUGUUCUCUCAUUCGCCAUGAAUACCGUUGCUCCUUCGAUUUCCUUCUCCAGCGGUCUUCUCGCCUCCGCUACCAGCGCACUUUCUUCAUCCUCUCAUAACCGAGACCCGAGCGACCAGACGGACCGGCCGAAGCACGCACGGGAUGAUCUCUGUCGUGAAUACCUCGGCCUGUCAGCUUCAGAUACCGCCGCCCGCAUGAAGGAGAUGAUGUCUAGGCUGUUCAAGGAUGACACGACCGGCGCCAACGGAGAAGUCCUGCUGUGCUUGAAGAAGCCUGCGGCCGGUCCGUGGAGAGCUUGCGAAGACUACGGAAAGUUUCCUAGUGAAUUGGAAGCCCGAUUGACCGAGCGACGCCGUCAAAAUGAGAUGCGGGGGUCAAGCGGCGAUCCAGCGCCUCAGCAAGGCAAGCCGCUUCUUCGCAUCAACGUCUACUGGGCAGAGUCGGAUAUGCUGGUCGGGAAGAAGGGCGAACAGUACUUUGACGAAUGUUUCAAGCAGUAUCGUGGAGAUCAGGGCAACUUGAGCUACCACAGCGAGACUAUUAAGGAUACUGAUCAUGACACUGUCUGUCAUCCUCAGUACGGCGCGGUGCCGAAGGCUCUGCUUGCAAUCAAAUCGAGCAGAUGA